CACUGUUUUUUUUUUUUUCCAGCGUGUUUUUGCGAUUCCAUAGGGUCUGGUCUACUAGAGUUUUAAGUGUCUUCGUGAUUACAGCGAUAGUUUAAUGAGCUCCACUGUAUUUUUAAGGGUGUUUUGUGAUUCCAGUAAUGGUUUAACGAAGACUCCAUACCUUUGGUUCUAAAAAAGUUUUUUUCUUUUUAUGUUUUCGUGAUUCCGGUGAUAGUUUAACAAGAAUUUUACUCUUAAUAGGAUCUAGUGAAAGUUUUGAUGCUUUCAAGGGUGUUUCCAGGACUAGUGAAAGUCUAACUAGUAUUCUACGUUUUGAAAGAUCCUAGGGUAACUUCUAAGAAAUUUCAAGGGUGAUUCAUGAAUCUAGUAAAAAUUUAACACAGAACACAUCAACAAAUCGAAAACCAUCUCUGAGAACCUGACCAAUCAACGCGUCCAUUGAAACCAGAUCCUGUGCGAAGCAACAGACCACGGAGGAUUAGAAAUGGUUAACGAGCCACGCCCCACGACCCACACCACGCCCCCUGCCCACUCGAUCAGCCCAAAGAAGCUACACUAACCCUAGACUCGUCAUACCCACGCCAACCCGCCAGUGAGCCAGUUACCAACCACUCGCGCAUAGGGUUGCAAGCUUCCUCUCCCGCUCCUCCUUCCCUUCGCCUAUUUGUCUUCGCCUCCCUUACACGAUGGUGUGAUAGUCUUUCUUCGUGUGUUUCAAGCAGAGAGAACCAGACAGACGACAAACACUUCAAGAUGCCAAGAGAGACCAACGCAAGAGGGAGAGGAGGAAUGCCCACUCUCUCUCUACGGUUGGCAUUCCUCUUGGACUUCAUAUUAGUGGCAGUAGCGUGGAUCGGGAGCAGCGCGGCACACAACACAACAGGAACCUUACCUUUAGGAUCCCAGCUCCCUGAUGCAGCAUUGAAUGAGCGGACGGGGCGCAGGAUCGGCAGUAGACCAGUUAAUGAAAUGUUUGGGGAGCUGCCGGAGCGGGGUCAGUCCUUCCUGCAGUGCUCAAGAAAACGGGUCACAUCCAGGAGUGGAGACCAUGACCAGGGGUUGAAAAACUGCCCGAAUCUAGACGGGUCCCAAACUUUCGCCCGGGGCACCUCACUUGGGCGAUGUGGUAAGGUUUACUUCCUGGGUCCCGGUGACAACGUGAGGGUGAAAUUCCCGUCAAAGGGCCCCACUUGUGAAAUCUUUAUCUGGGCUGUGGAGGGCGCGUCUCUCGUCCUGCAGUGCCCCAAGUUCCUGCUGGGUCGAGAGGAGGACGAGUACCUGUUUAUUUCCGAUGGUCAUUCCCUAGGCGAGACCUUCUCAGGCAACCAGGGGCCGGGCAAGCUAAAGGGCGCUCUCCAAUUGUACCUGCUCUACUCCCGAAGGUGGCCACGCGCGACCAAGAAAGGCAGAGUCGUGUGCAAAAUCAGAGGAAAACGUAACAAGGGAAGCGGUGGCGGAGGGCAUGGCAGCGGAACUGGAGGAGGAGGUGCAGUAGUAGGAGGAGAAGGUGCAGCAGUAGGAGGAGGAGGUGCAGCAGUAGGAGGAGGUGGAGGAGGAGGAGGAGAAGGAGGUGCGGGUAGUAGGUGGAGGUGGAACAGGAGGAGGAGGUGGAGUAGGAGGAGUAGGAGGAGCUCGGCCUCCUGGUAACGCCGUGGGACAACAAGUGUCUAAUUGCGCCUCAAUUUGCGGUGCGGCGCCUCCGUGGGCUGGCCUGACGCGCAUCGUGGGCGGGUCGGAGGCGCAGAGAGAGGAGUACCCGUGGAUGGUGGGGGUGUUCGUGCGGAGGAGCAGCAGCGGGAGUUACCAGCUGUGUGGCGGGUCCCUCCUGUCCUCCAUGCACGUCCUCACCGCUGCUCAUUGCGUGAAUGAGGCGGGGCUGUCGGUGUCCGUGGGGGUCAGAAUGCACGACUUACGGGACAAAACAAAGGAGAUCGUCCCAGUGACAAGCUACAAACGACACCCGCAGUACAACUCCAGCGGCCACAUGAAUGAUGUGGCUAUCCUGACGCUGGAGAGGGCGGUGUCGUGGCGGCCUGGCGUGGGACCUAUCUGUCUUGCCCCCGAUAAGAACUACGAGGGACAGAUGGCGGUGGUGGCUGGCUGGGGAACGCUGACCUACCAGGGAAAGAACCCGAACGCCCUUCACGAGGUGGCCGUAGAGAUCAAGACACAAGAGUCCUGCAGCCAGUCCUACCAGCACACCAGUCACCUUCAAAUUAAGGAGUCCCACGUGUGUGCCGCCUCUAACGGGAGGGACUCGUGUCAAGGGGACUCCGGGGGCCCUCUCAUGGUCCUGGAGGGGGGGAUAUGGUACCAGCUGGGUGUGGUGAGCUACGGCAUUGGGUGUGCGAAUCCCAAAUACCCAGGGGUGUACUCCAGGGUGUCCUUCUUCGCCUCGUGGAUCCAGGGGGAGGUGCGGGGACACUGCUAGCGGCCUCUGUGUGUCCCUGGGGCCGUUGAUGUCACUGUUUUGUAUUGUAGAAUAUUACCUGACCUUCCUUCUUUCUAAUUUAUAUAAAGCGACGUGAAAAUG